AUGUUGAAAACUAAAUUUGAUAUUGAUAUGAUGAAAAAGUUGAAUCGACAUUUCGCUGUCGGUGUUAAAAACUUUGGUAAGCUUAAAACUUGAAAAAACAUAAUUAGUAAAAGAUAAAAAAAAAAUAUUUGAUAUCACAACCUUAUACCUGAAAAAUAGCUUUUCGAAGAAAAUGUAUAUUACCGAAUAAGAACCACUCAUAAUUAGUUUUUAAAACGUACAAAAUAAAUAGGUUAUCAACUUUUAUCUAUAAUAUUACAAUAUUCUGUCUACCGGAAACAUUAAAUUCGUUAUAAAUCAUAGACAUACCAAACGGAAAUUUUAUGUAUCCUCAAAAAAAAAAUCAGUUGUAAUUUUCACACAUAAAUAGUUGGACGUAUCGCAAUCAUUCCCAGGCAAUUUUUCAUAUAAUAGCGAAUUGAUGAUAAACCAAGAAAAAUUACCUGAGAUAAUGCAGAGCGGUUUCUCGCACAACAAUUUUUGGCAAAAAACGAUUGAUGAAGAUGAUGAUGGAAAAAUACAGUAUAGUAAGUUUUUUAGAAAAUUUGUUAUUAUUGAAUCGCAAUGACCACUCUGAAACUACUUGUUUAAAAAAAAUCUUUAAAUUCUUGGAUUACCAAAGGAAUAAUCAUAUCAAUUAAAAACAUAAAAUUUAAAUAAGGUUAUAAAGAAAAGUGAAAAAAUCAUAAUUCAAAAGGUCGUGAUAAUUUGAUUACAUUUAUUAGUCACUAUAUUAUAGAUAAUAUUAUAACCAUAAUUUCUAAUCUAAUUAAAUCAACAAUAACCAAAAAUGUAAAAGAAGCAAACAUGUUUUCAGUGUCAUUAGACACAACACAGGAUAUAUCAGUAGUUAAUCAAUACUCUAUUAUCUUACGAUUUGUAAAUGAUGAAAUGAUUAAUAAAAGAUUGAUAUCUGUAAAAUCAUGCACUGAUUCUACUGGUAAAGGUAUGAUGAACCUUUUACAAAAUGCAAUAGAAAUGGUUAGCUUAAAUAUAACACAUUAUAUUGGAAAUUCUACAGAUGGUGCCGCUAAUAUGAGAGAGGCAUAUAAUGGAUUUACUUCUUGGCUAAAUGUAUCAGCUCCUGAACAAGCACACAUUUGGUGCUAUAGUCAUGUUCUCAAUCUUAUAAUUAGCGAUGCAACCAAAAGUCCAAUUGCAGUAGCUAAUUUUUUUUUUAAUUCAUUCUUGUGCAGUUUUUUUUAAGAAUCAUACCAAAGAAUGAAUAUUUAGAAAGAAAUUAGUGAAAAAGAUCAAUAUAAUAAUCACAAGUGGUUACAAUCAAUAGGUGAAACAAGGUGGACAGCCAAACAAAUAGCAUUAAAAAGAAUAUCUGGUUCAUAUAAUAGCACUGAUGAUAAUGGAAUGUUGACUGAUCUUAUAAUUUUUUUUUAUAAAAAUUGAACAAAAAUCAAAUUCAAACCCAGAUGUAAGAUCUAAAACCAGUAAUUUUAUUUCAUCUAGCUCAUUCAUAGCUUCAUUCAUAGCUCAUAGGUAUAUGAAAAUAUUUCAAAUCACAGGACCAUUAUCAAGAUAUUUACAAUCGAGUAAACUAGAUCUUUUAAAAUGUCAACAAAUGGUAACAAGUGCUUUAGAAAGUCUUAAAAAUAACCAAAGUAGUAUGAAAGAUGUAAAAAAGUUAGUGAUAAUUAUAUAAUUAAUAUUAAUAAUGAAAUUAUAACUAUGGCUGAUCGUUUUAAUUUAACUGUCGAAGAAAUUCAGUCAGAAUUCCAAAUUAAAAGAAUAUCUAAGAAAAUGAAGAUCUUAUUGCUACCAAUGCUACCCCUAAAAAAAAAUGUACAACUGAAUUAUAAAAGAUAGUAUUAGAUAUAAUAACAAAGAACAUGACUACUAGAUUUGUAAAAAAUAGUUCUUUAUAUUUUGAUUUAUCAUUUUUAUCGCCAAAUAAUUUCCCUUUUAAUAAUGUGCCAGAAAAUGCAUUUUUAACAUUGACUAAAAAAUUUAAAUCAUUACAUCUUCAUGGUGAAGAAAAUCUUGAAGAAAUAAGAAACGAACUCUCAGAGGAACUAUUUAAUUUCAGUAAAUUGUGGAAGUAUUUGAAAAAUUCCUUAGAAGAUGAAUAUCAUGUUCAUAGUAUAUCAAAUAACAUGAAUGAUGAAGAUGAAAAUCAAGAAGAGGAAAACUUAGAAAACCAAUUAAAACCUUGCAAAACUACUUGUAAAAAUUGUGCCAUUUGUUGUUACACAUUACUAGUUAAGUACAACUAA